AUGCCAGGCCUGCGGGUCCUGCUACUGCUAGCUCUGGGCCUGUCCAGCUCCCUCGGGGUCAUCCCAGAGGAAGAAAAGGUGCCGGACUUCUGGAACAAGAAGGCGGCCAAGGCCCUGGACACCGCCAAAAAUCUGCAGCCCAUCGACACGGGGGCCAAGAACGUGAUUCUCUUCCUGGGGGAUGGGAUGGGGGUGCCCACAGUGACGGCCACCCGGAUUCUGAAGGCACAGCUGAAUGGCAAACUGGGGCCAGAGACACCCCUAGCCAUGGACCACUUCCCCUAUGUGGCUCUGUCCAAGACCUACAACGUGGACAGACAAGUGCCGGACAGCGCGGGCACAGCCACUGCCUACCUAUGUGGGGUCAAGGGCAACUACAAGACCAUCGGGCUGAACGCUGCGGGCAUGGUCGGCCAAUGCAACACCAGCUUUGGCAAUGAGGUCUACUCGGUGCUGACCCGGGCCAAGAAAGCAGGAAAGUCGGUGGGGGUGGUGACCACCACCAGGGUGCAGCACGCGUCCCCCGCGGGCAACUACGCGCACACCGUACACCGGGACUGGUACUCGGAUGCCGACAUGCCCUCACAGGCGCUGAAGGAAGGCUGCAAGGACAUCGCCAGCCAGCUCAUCGCCAAUGUGGACAUCGAUGUGGUCCUGGGUGGAGGCCGCAUGUACAUGUUUCCCAAGGGGACCCCGGACCCUGAGUACCCCGAAGACACCAAGCAGCAGGGAAUUCGGAAUGACGGGAGGAACCUGGUGAAUGAGUGGCUGGCUGCGCACCAGAACGGCCGCUACGUGUGGAAUCUCGUGGGGCUCAAGGACGCCGCCAAGGACCCGUCUGUGACUCACAUCCUGGGCCUGUUCGAGCCCAAGGACACCAAGUACGACAUCGAACGCGACCCAUUCCUGGACCCGUCCCUGAUGGAGAUGACCGAGGUGGCCCUGCAGGUGCUGAGCAGGAACCCCCGGGGCUUCUACCUCUUCGUGGAGGGGGGCCGCAUCGACCAAGGCCACCACGAUGGCAUCGCAUACAAGGCGCUGACCGAGGCCGUCAUGUUCGACAUGACCAUCGACAAGGUCGGGAAGCUCACCGAUGAGAAGGACACCCUGACCCUCAUCACGGCCGACCACUCGCACGUGUUCACCUUCGGGGGCUACACGCACCGCGGCUCUUCCAUUUUCGGGCUGGCGCCCGAGUUGGCCCUGGACUUAAAGACCUACACCUCCAUCCUCUACGGCAACGGGCCAGGCUACAACUUGUCCAGUACCAACCGGCCCAACGUCAGCGAGACCCAGAGCAUGGACCCCAACUACAAGCAGCAGGCGGCCGUGCCGCGCAGCUCGGAGACACACGGCGGCGAGGACGUGGCGCUGUUCGCGCGCGGCCCGCAGGCGCACCUGGUGCACGGCGUGCAGGAGCAGACCUACGUGGCGCACAUCAUGGCUUUCGCCGCCUGCCUCGAGCCCUACACCGACUGCGGCCUCAGGAUCCCCGACUCCGCCGUGCCCGGGGUCAGCUCGCCCGUGCUGGCGCUGCUGGCCGGGGCCCUGCUGCUGCUGCUGCUGGAGGCCUGA